AUGAACGCGCUCAAGUGCUUCAUGAAGAAGAUCGCUACCGGCGGCGUUCUGAUGCACAUGAGCCUGCCGGCCUCCCUGUGCUGCCCCCAGUCGACCCUCCAAGCCCUGGCCCACCACCGCCUCCGCGGCGCGCCCUACAUGCACGGGGUGUGGCAGCACAACGACGCGUUCGUGCGGAUGGUGGCCGUGCUGAGGUGGUACCUGGCCGCCUUUAGUGCCGACCCCGACGGCAAGAAGCCCUUCAACCCGGUGUUGGGCGAGAGCUACCAGUGUUACGCCGACGGCGUGUGGGCGAUCUUGGAGCAGGUGUCGCACCACCCACCGGUGAGCGCCUACUUCAUGUUGGACAGCGAGCGCCGGACGUGCUUCUUCGGCCAGGCCGAGAUGUGCCUCGAGUUCAGCGGCAACGCGAUUGCUGUCGAUAUGAUCGGCCCCGCACGCCUGGUGCUGGGCGUCAAGAAGAGUCUCGCCCGGACCCAGACCCCAGCCCAAGCCCAAGCCGACGAGCACCGGGCGACUGGCGGCGGUAGCGGCGGCGGCGGAGGCGGCGAGCAGCAGCAGCCGCAGGAGGAGGUGGAGGAGGAGCGGGGCGAGGGGGAGUGGUGGGCGAGGUACGAGCACUACGACUUCAUCCCGCCCAUGCCGACGCAGGUGGUCAAGAGCCUGCUGUGGGGCAAGCGCCGGCACUCGUACAAGGGCGACGUCGUCGUGGCCUGCAGCCGCACCGGCUACUUUGCACACCUCCACUUCUGCGAGGAGGGACCCGAGGGAGAGCCGGACUUUCUGCGCGGCGAGAUCUACCACGAGCCCGAGCACAUGCUGGUGGCCCAGCUCUACGGCCAGUGGGACGGCAUCAUCGAGAUCACGCCCCUGGCCUCCUCCCUACUGAGGCUCGGCUCCAACGCUUCACUCGAGCCGCCUGAGCGUCCCGCUGCCCUGACGCGUGGCGACUAUGACGCGGCCGAGGCGGCCAAGGAGGAGGUGGAGCGACAGCAGCGCGAGAUGGUGCACCAGGCGACCGUGCUCACGCCCUGGGCCGGUAGUAGCUACUCGACCUACGCCGAAGCGACCGCAACAAAGAAGACGAAGAAGAAGAAGAAGCUGUUUCGGAAGUCGAGCACAGACAAGCAGCUGGUCGAGGCGUCAUGGGGCGUCGACGAAGAGGAGGAGAGGUGGAGGCAGAUGAACCCGGCGGUCUUCUUCGACCGGCACAGGGCGAGCCGGACCGGCAACGUCGAGUGGCUCGUGCGCUGGGACCAGGUCAGACUCGCGGCCGACCGCAGGGAGAACCUGCUGUAA